UUUCACUGUUGCAUUCACGUUUUCACUGAAAUGCUAAAACAUUAGCACUAGCCAUUAAGCAAGCGUGUGUUCAGUUGUCUGGCAUGAGAUCUGUGGGCAUUUAACGUGAAAAGUAGUACACGUUUUAUUGCCUAUUGCUAAAAAAAAAUCAACUUAGAUCAUUUAAAUUCCGAUCUAUUGCCUUUUGUUUGCAAUCAGUAGAAUUUACGCAAACCUCCCGCAGCAAACCUUAACGUUGUCCAAACAGUUAACUGCUAGCAGUGCAUCAAUUUACAAAGGUAAUUACUACAGUAUCCGUGGAAAAUAGACUGUAAAGUGUGAGGGGGGGAAACGACAGUGCAAACUGAACACCCGAGGUUCUCAGGAUGGCUGCAACCCAGCUUGUAGCCGGAUCCAGCACAUCACAACAAGACCUCGAUGAUAUCUAUGAGGGCUUGAACGAAGACGCAGAGGAUUUGGAUAAAAUUGCUGAAGCAAAUGAACUUUUCGACGCUGUUUUAACGGGUUCUGUCAAUCAAGACAAUACGACUUUUACCAAAGAGGAUGCAACGAAGCAGGCCCAAACAAAAAACGAAGAUACUAGUGUGGAGAAAGCGGCUCAAGGAAAUUCAAAGAGGAGACUGGCUAUAUAUAUUGGAAAUUUUCCUUGGUGGACAUCUGACAAGGACCUCAUGAGCAUGGCUCGGAAGCUUGGUGUGAUGGACGUCACAGAAAUCCGAUUUGCAGAGAAUAAAAUUAAUGGCCAGUCGAGAGGCUAUGCAGAAUUGGUAGUCAAAACAGAGGAUUCCCUCAAAAGAAUGCUGGAAAGAGCACCACAGUGUAAAAUCAACGGAGAAAGGGUAGACUGUCGUUUUGCCACGCGCCAGAAUCUCACUAUGUUUGAGGAUGUUGCAAAUAAGCGUAUACCUAUGCGCCUAAACUCCAGUUCCAAAGAAUCUAGCCCUGUAGAAAAUUUUCCACCUCCACUUUCAUCGCAAGAGUCUAGUCCUCGCCCCACUCCGCCACCGCCGCCAUUUCCCCCUCAUCCCCCUCAUCCACCUCAUCCACCUCCGAACAACUUUCCUUUGUCCCCAGCCCCUCCUUUUCUUUUCCAUCCACCUCCUCUGUUCCCACCAAUGACUCCAGGAAUCUCACCGAUUUCACCACCCAGUCUUUUUCCUCCUCAACUUCCCCAAGGACCCAGGCAACCCCCUCCUAGUUUUCAUCUAAAUCCUGCAUUCUUCAACCCACAAGAUGGACACAGCAGCAAUGCAUACAGUCAUAACAAAUCACAAGUUCCAGAUGGAGAUUUUGAGGAGCUAAUGAACAGAAAUCAAACCAUUGCCAGCACUGCGAUCACAAAAGCCGUGUCUGGAGCCACAGCAGGAGAUUUACAAAUGGCUAUGGAAACGCUGUUAACCGCCAUUGCAGUUAUUAAGCAGUCCAGAGUGUACGGAAAUGAACGCUGUCAAGCCCUGGUCACCUCACUUAAAGACUGUUUGGUCUCCAUUCAGGGGGAUUAUGACUACAGAAGCAGUCGUUCAAGAGAAAAAGAACGAGGUCGCGACAGAGAGAGGGACCGGGAAAGAGAACGGGAGCGUGACCGGGAACGGUACAGAGAUCGCGACAGAGAUUACUCCCACGGCGGGGAAAGUGCAGGAAUGGUUCAGAGACGCAGGGAGCGCUCCUGGAGUGAAGAACGGGACAAGAGGUCAUCACGAGAAUGGCACAGAGAUCGACACCGCUAACGGGGAAUGAUUGAAGGCAUGUGUAAAGCAGAGAGGAGCGUUGUUGUCGAGUUGUGUAUAAAAGAAUCGAAGAUUA